AUGCGUCGCUUUUCUUCGUCCAUCGUUGCGUCCGGAAGGAUCGCCUCCUCGUCUGCUCUCGUUAGGACUGCGGUUUUGGGCCAGGGCCGUCUCGCUGCGACCUACGCCACCAAGAAGAGGAAUGCGGAGACCGAGCUGCACUCGUACUUCGAGAAGGAGGUAGAGCUUCUCGAUCAGGAUGAGGAGGCCAAGACCCAGGAUCAGGAGCUCCAGAAGCGCCUCGACGAUUGGGCCAAGCGUUUCCAUUUCAACGUGAACAUGGGGGCGACUGAGAUCGUGGCCACCAAGAAGGAUGCCGCCCUCAACGCUGACGUCACCGUCAAGAUCGACCCCAACAUCGAGGAAGCCGACAACUAUGGCGACGAGGAAGACGCUGAGGACGAGGAGGGUGAGGAGGGCGAAGACGCCGAGGAAGCCGAGAAGGCCGAGGGCGAGGAGGGAGACGAGGGAGACGAGGAGGAGGAGGAGCCGGAAGCGGAUGGCUUCGGAAGCGUGCACUUCACCGUCGAGGUGAAGAAGCCCGAGCAGACGAUGCUGCUCUACGGCGUGGUGUCGGAGUCGGCCGUGACGGUGACCGAGGUGGCGCUCCAGGCCGCUGACGGUACCGAGAAGUCGGCCUACGAUGCCCAGCGCCUCGACGACGAGGGCCAGGAGAAGUUCCGCCUCUACCUCAGCUCUCUCGGCGUCAACGAUUCCUUCGUCCCCGCCGCCUACGCUGCCGCUCACCUCCAUGACGAGCAUGCUUACCACAAGUGGGUGAAGGAUGUGAUGGCCUUCACCAAGCAGUAA